UCAAACCCUGUGCUUACUGUUCGAGUGACUAAUGUUUUGGGCGCUUCUUUGGGUCCGCUCGCAGUGACAAUUGAUUCGGCCGUCAAAGUCGAUGACAAGAAAACAGUAUUAACUAAAAAGACUUUGCAGAGCGUUCAGGGAGACAGCAAACUUUACGCCAUUAACUUUCUGGACUCGAAGCCGUCGAGAGGACAGUACGAUCUGUUGGUGAGCGCUGUGCCAUCGAAGGCCGACCCUCGUCUCAUAGCAAACACUGGCGUUCAGCUGAAGGCCAUUGUUUUGACACAAGUAUCGAUUGUAAGCGCAGAGAUCACAGUCGCCGAUCGGGACACCGGUGGCAGCGGAGCCGUCACUAAACUUGAAUACCCGAAAGCAAUAUCACAACCAUUAGAAGCGGAUUCUCAGCAGAGAGUUGUCCUUAAAUUUCAAUUGAAGGACAAGAUUGUGGGCGAUUUGAUGUCAGCCCACCAGACGUUCGUUCAGUUGACAAACCUAAAGACAAAGCAAGACAUUGUGUUCAUUGCAGAACACGAUUCGGCGCUUAAUUACAAAUUAGAUCUUAAUUUGCAAACUAAAGCCAAAGACUUGAAUCAUAUGAACGGC